GAUCUUCUUCUCCGGCGAACUUUGCCGGCGAAACGGUUUCCCUCUGAAUUCGUUUUCAAAAUCGCUUGCUCUCUUGUCCAUUUUUCUUCCUCAUCGCUCGCUUCCAUUUUUACGGUACACAGUUUUCGUUGUGAGGUAUGGGUUUUGCGAGUCGGGUUCAGUUUUGUGGUGCGGAUUUUGUGAAUAGUUUUGGACGCGGCAGUAAUCUUUGGGAUCAUAGGGCUGAUUCUCACCUUUAUUUGGCUAAUAGAUUGAGUGCUGCGGGUAUAGUUUCCAAAACUGGUGGGAGUUUAACGCUAACUACUGGUCUUACUAGAAAGUCCGAAAGUGUAUCAUUGUUGGGAUAUAGGUUUCGUAGUCAAGGUGAUGAUUCUGUUGGAGCAGGCAGCGAAGGAGAUAUAACUGGGUAUGACCCAAACACUUUGGAGUCUCGUUUUGAUCCGCAAAUCCAACCAACCCAAGAACAGUUGUUGGAUGGGAACACUACUGUUCGGAAUGUCUUGAGUUGCAUAGUUGCUGGAGUGUCAUCAGAAAGUAGCUUGGAGGAACGCUGGGACAGACUUCAUAAUGCAAUAAAAGCAUUGAAAGCUGUUAGGUUCAGGAAUAGCAUGUUUCAGAGAGUCGUAAACGAAUCGAUUGCACUGCAGGAUAAAUCAGCCUGUGCUUCAAAUGAACUAAGCCAAACCCCUGUCGCGGUUCAAGGGAUGAUUGAUGAAAUACGCGUAACUAGGGAAGAUGUUGAGAAGGCUACUUCUGAAGCAGUGGGAUACAAUGCUUCAGAGGUUGAGGAUGAAGUCUUAGAGACUAUGAUUUGGGGAGAAAGGGCUGUGGAAUUGGAGCGUGAGGCGAAUCAAGAUGUGAAGGAUGCACAGGCUGCUUUCCAGAGAGCACUGAAGUCUCAUUUUGAUUAUCAAAUCCAAAAACCAACCCAAGGGACUGUCUGGAAUGUCUUGAGUGACAUAGUUGCUGGAGUCUCAUCAGAGACCAAUUUGGAGGAAUUCUGGGACAGACUUCAUAAUGCAAUAAAAGCAUUGAAAGCGGUUAAGUUCAGGAAUAACACGUUUCAGAGAAUCGUAAACGAAUCGAAUGCACUACAGGAUAAAGCAGCAAGUGCGUCAAAUGAACUAAGCCAAACACCUGUCGCGGUUCAAGAGAUGAUUGUGGAAGUAUGCAAAGCUAGGGAAGCUGUUGAGAAGGCUUCUUUGGCACUAUCUUUGGCUGAAGCGAGGCUGCAGAUUCUAAUGAAAUCACUAGAAGCAAUGAGGUACGAUGCUUCAGAAGUUGAGGAUGAAGUCGUAGAGAUUAUGAUUUGGGGCGAAAGAGCUGUGGAGUUGGAGCGUGAGGCAAAUCAAGAUGUGAAGGAUGCAGAGGCUGCUUUCCAGAAAGCACUGAAGUCUCAUUUUGAUUCUCAUGCUGGAGGACAGGCUUUGGAUGUAGAAACUACAGCUGUAGAUGAUGAUGAAAUUCUGACUCAGGCUGAAAAAGAGUUCGCAGUAGAUGAGGUCUACACUUGUGAGGUAUGCUUUUUUUUUUCUAUGAAUAUGAAUAAACCCAUAAUUUUUCUUAUUAUAUUGUUUAUGAUGUUUGUCUCCACCUGUUUUAGAUUUGCACCCUUUGAAUCUCUCAAGCACUCCAAGCCAUGUUGUUUCCCAUCACCAAGCUUGGCAUUUCUUAUCUCAGUUGCUACAUUAGCUAAGUUCAACUACAUCACACCCCUACGCUUCUCUGAUCGGUUCUGUAACUCUCACGGAAGCUUUGAUGGCGACUAUUAUAAUAUCGGCAGCCAGAUGAGGAAGACAAUCGAAACUGCCAUUUUUAAAAUCCACCAAGAAAUGGAUGAUCUCAAGGCUUUAGAAGCUAAUUCUUCUUCUGUUCCAUCUUCGGAUUCAUCAGCUUCCGGAUCUAUGUUCAGGCAUGUAGCGUUUCUUGCGGAUGUUCUUUCACUGGUUCAGUCAGUUCAUAUGGAACUGCCUUCGUUUGAAGAGAGAUUCGUAGACCAUCCUUUGAAGCAGCGGAAUGGUGACCCGGGAGAGCAUUUUAUGAGAGAAGAGAUAAAGAAGUACAUAAAGAUCAAACCAAACCGGCUUGGGAAGCAGAAUUUUAUGGGAGCUAACGGAACAUUCACUUCGAUCGGGCACGCAUGUUUUGCAAUGAAGAACGAUCUAGAAGAGUAUAUGGACUACGAUGUUGGGGAAAUCUGCAACGACGACUGGAGGUUAGCUCAGAAGCUUAUGGUUCACGGAUGCGAUCCGCUGCCUAGAAGACGGUGUUUCUCCCGUGCACCGCAGUUAUAUCACAAACCGUUUCCGAUCAACGAGUCUCUAUGGAAGCUGCCGGAUAAUCGGAAUGUGAGAUGGGGACAGUAUAAGUGCAAGAACUUCGCUUGUCUCGCUAGCAACACAACAGCGCGAAAAGGGUUCUUCAAAUGCACUGACUGCUUCAACCUCACGCACCACGAAUCGCCAAGAUGGCUUAACCGAGGCGAAAUCGAUCCUGAGACUAACCAAACUGCAGAUUUCUCGAUAACGGAAGUACUCGAAAUCAAACCGGGAGAGAUGAGAAUCGGACUAGAUUUCAGCAUUGGCACAGGAACUUUCGCAGCGAGGAUGAGAGAGCAGAACGUCACGAUUGUAUCAGCAACAAUCAACCUCGGAGCUCCAUUUAACGAGAUGAUCGCUCUGCGCGGUUUGGUCCCUUUGUAUCUAACCGUGAACCAACGUUUACCUUUCUUUGACAGCACGCUUGACAUGAUUCACACGACGAGGUUUCUCGAUGGAUGGAUCGACCUGAUACUACUUGAUUUUGUGCUGUUCGAUUGGGACAGGGUUUUAAGACCAGGUGGAUUGUUGUGGAUCGAUGGCUUCUUUUGUCUGAAAGAGGAUUUGAAUGAUUAUGUUGAAGCGUUUAAAGCGUUGAGGUAUAGGAAACAUAAGUGGGUUGUGGUGCCUAAGAAAGACAAAGAUGAUAAAGAAGUUUUCUUCUCUGCUCUGUUAGAGAAACCUCCAAGACCCUUUAGAUGAUUGACCCCAUUAUUCAUUUCAUAGUCUCUGUGUUUUAGAAUAUCAUCUUUGUAAUAUUCUUACAAAAAGAAAACAGAAAAUGUUAAAACAAAAUUGAGAUAUAACAUUCGUAAUAAUAUGUUUUGUAACGAAAGAUAUACAGUAGAA